AUGUUUCGUGGUUUGGUUCUUUUUCUGUCGUUGGGCCUGCCUGCCCAAUGGACACAAGUGAAUGGCCAAGCCUGCACUAACCAGGCUGAUUUGUUUUUCGUCUUGGACGGAUCGGAGAGUGUCACAGAUGAGAACUUCAAGGCUACGAAGACGUUUGUCGUCGAGGUGCUGCGUAAUUUCAACGUAAGCAGGGGCAACGUGCACGUAGGUGCAAACGUGUUUGGCAACUCCGUGUACGACCGCAUCAAACUGUACGGCCCCACGCGCGCCAUGUACAUCCUGUUCGAGGCACGGUUAGGAUCCAUGAGCAGGCUUAGAGACCCAGGCACAGCCACCUACCUCGCCAUAGAGGAAAUGAGGGCAGACUUUAGGACGGAAGGUCGUAAUGUGAAGAAGAUUGGCGUUGUCAUCACGGACGGGAAAUCAAAGAACGUGACGAGGACGUCCGAACAGGCGCAGUUAGCCCGUGGGGAGGACAUCAGCAUGAUAGCGGUUGGGGUCGGAGACAUGAACAACAUUUUUGUACCGGAAUUGACGAAUAUUGCGAGCUCUCCCGGCUCUGUUUUCAUGACGCAGAACAUUUCCGCUCUGAGGCAGACUAUCACCGACGCCAUAAAGAACUUCAUGUGUCCAGUAACUACAACAAGCACAACAACAACGGCAACAACCACCACCCCGGCAACAACAACAACCACCACCACCACCCCGGCUACAACAACAACAACAACCACCCCGGCUACCACAGGAACAACCUCCAGCACAGCUACAACAGCAACAACCACUAGCCCGGCUACAACAACAACAAUUAAAGCCACUGUAACAACGGCAACUGUUGUCACGACAACUAGCACCCAACGGCAAUCAUCACCGGGAGCUGGCAACGACCUCGAUUGCCCCGACUGCAUGAUUGACAACGGACACGGGUUCUGGAGGCACCCCCAGAGCUGUGAAAAGUACAUCGAGAUCACCGCUGACGUCAACGGAACCCGGAAGUACACGACCCGAAAGUGCCGAGAUGGACUCUUCUGGGAUCAGUACUUCACCACGUGUCGUCUACCCGAGCAAGUGGACUGCGCCAUCGAUCCCUGCAAGACCCAGCCAAUCAUAUCGUAUGACGUCGAGAACGUGUGCGGCGCAUACAUCCUGUGCGCAGGUGGGAGGAGUAUUCGCGCUUGCUGUCCAAUCAAUGAGCGAUACGUGCCCGGACGUGGUUGUGUCCAAGAUCCCACGUGCGCGGACGCUUGCGGGAACACCGAUGAGACUCAUUUGAUGCACCAGACAGAAUGCGACAAGCGCCCCUACCCUGCCAGCGGCAACUUCUAUAUCCAGUCCCCGGGAGCGGGUCACCUUGAGAUCGUGAUGCCCUGUCCCCCGGGCACCCUGUUCAAUGGGGCGACCUGUAUGUGCGACAUCAUGGACAAUGCGCCUCAGACAGGAAAGCUUGCAGGAUGCAACCCUAAUGCCAACUUCACGUUCGACGUGGACGCACGCGACAUGUCGGGUAACCACGCCUACGCCGGUACGGAGCUGGUAGAUUUCCUCGGGGGAGAAGCACGUUUCCAGGGUAACGGUCUGGUGAACAUAUACCGCUUCUCCAUGGAUGACUUCUCCCACGGGUUGGUGCUGAGGAUGGUGGUGACGCCUUCAUCACAGGGCAGCAACACCCAAGCCCUUGUCACCAACUGUGUGUACAGCACGGAGCAGCGGUCCAGCAUCUCCAUCCGGUUGGAGCGGGGACCCAGCGGUAACGUGGCCGUGUUUACCACUGACACUACCCUGGGUACACAAAAUGUCUCCGUACCGUACAAACUGGACGUAUCAAACGAGAUAGUGUACAUAUACGACGGAUCCAAUCUUACUGGGAUGGUCAACGGAGUGAAGGUGAAAAAACCGCUAGAUGGUAAUAUUCUUAUGCGUCGAAGUGGCGUUAUUAUCGGAGGUGGCAGCGCAUUGGACUCUCUCACCGGAAAUGUUGAUGAGUUCCAGUUAUAUAAAGACUGUUUCCCGACCUUUGCUGAAGCGGCGCGCAGUCCUUAAUAUACGAGCUAUAGACAAGUUGGACUCAAAUACUAUUUUAACAUAAUAGUCGACCACAAAACAUUCACAUCAGCAAAUGUCAAUAUUUUUUAUCAAAAUCCAUGUGUGAUGAAUAGAAAAAAUAGUCAUUCUGACAUGCGAUAUGGACUCACAACUACAAGUAAUCAAAAUCCAUUUAUGUUAUAACAUAUUGUAUGCAUAAAUCAUUGUUUUUAAGUAUAAUGGUAAACUUUUAAAAUAUGUAUAUCCAUGCAGUGGGUAAAAUAGUAUUUUAUAGAAGUUCUUAACCGAAAUGUCUAUUCAUAACAUAAAAUCAACAGCAAUCUGAGAUCUGGGCCCGUAUUCACCAAACAAUUUUUAAACUUAAGUCUAAGAAUAAAGAACAUUCUUAAAAUAGGAAUUUUCAAGGAUUGCUUUAAUUUUAAGUAAAUCUUGGAAUUAACCUCCUCUAUAUACAUCAUUCUUCAUAUAGAACAUGUUUUAAAUGACAUAAUUACCAGAGGUAGCCUGUAUACAUGUAUAUUCAAAGGCUAAAAGUUAUUUUCUUGGUCAUAAGUCUAUUUUUUAUUCUUAAGUCUAAGAAUGGGUUGGUGAAAACGGACACAGGAAUUUUUUUCGGUAAAUUAAGAAUAGUCUCUACAAAAAUAUCCAUCACAGUGUAUAGUGUUAAGGCCAUCACUUUGUCAUUAUAACUAUGCCAAAUACAAAUGCCGUUGACUUAACAUUGAUAUUUCCUAUAAAUAUUUUAAAUGUUUCUAUGCAUUCGUCGUUAUGAUCUUGUUUUGUCUAUUGUUUAACUCAAUGUGUUAGGUUAACUGAAACAUUUAUUACAUACGUCACAUAUUUUCUCGUUACCUGAAUUGCUUUUUUUCUAUACAAGUGUAACAAAUUCAAAUGGCAUAUUUGAUUUCCUUUCGUUUUAUUAUACUACUGCAGAACAGGUAUGCGAUGCCAUUUUUUUCACAAAUUCGACAAUAUUAUUGUUACAAUCACCUAUGCGAGGUCCCAACUUAUAUGUAAAUUUUUACACCUUAAUUGCAGAGUAAAUUACGUACACUAGACAAAACACACUAAAAAUCGUAAAUACUGUUAACAGGCAAAAUAAAGCUGAUACAAGAAGCACUCUGUAAAAUAGUGACCAAUUCGUCAGUCAGUGAAAG